AUGGAGGGCUUUCCAAUGCGAUUCUCCUGUGAGUACAUAAGAUUCCAGUGUGGCCCUACAGAGAAUGCUGUCGAUGCAGUAUACGCGCUCCUGCAACACACCACAGACACGCUAGUUAUCCACAAAGAGCUUGAAAUCCGGCCCUCACUCAAGCUACUGAGAAAAUCUAGAGACAGGGUGAAGAUUGUGAUAGAAGAGGAGAAGCCAUUCCAGGCGGUUGUUGACCACUUGAAUAGUUUCAAUACAUUUAUACUGCUUGGCUAUGAGUUUAACAACUUCGAGCACGAAUUCCUGAGGCAGGCCUCCAUGGUCAAUAGGAAGUCCAUCCUUCUAUUUUCGGAGGUGCAGAUGGGACAUGCACCAGGAGGGGAAAGCUACCGCCUGGUAAACCCAGGCUCUGCUGAUUUCAUCUAG